AUGGCUUCAGAUGUUGCACUUGCUGGCAAUUGUCAAGGAGGUGAAUUUAACAAAUGUUCAGAUCCAAAUGCUGAUUGUAUUAACAGCAAAUGUACAUGUACUGUUGGAUUUUACCAGUUAAAUGAAGCGAACUCUCACAGUAAUUGCAGAACAGUACAAGAACUUCAAGUAACAGGAAUAACAUUUUCAAAUAUAAGAACCACAGAAUUAACUGCAUCUUGGAAUGCACCUACUAGAUCUAGUUAUGUAAGUGGAUAUGAUGUAGAAUGGCAAAAUGGAGGUAAGGUGGUCGGUGCAACAUCUCCUCAGAGGGUUUCAGGUUUAACACCUGGAAGAAAAUAUGAAGUCAAAGUGAUAUCAAAAGAUAUAGCCACAGCACCUGGUGUAACAAGGACAACUUAUACAUCAAAACAACAAUCAGCAAAACCGAGCAUUCCAGGUGCUGUAACUAGUUCGGGAAAUGAUUUAGAUGCUCGUGAUUCAAUUAUUACUAUUAAAUGGACAGCAGGAGCUGGUGUGACAACGUUAUAUAGAGUGAGGUUAUUUGAUGGUAAUUCUGAGAAAGGUUCCCGAAACAGCUCAUCUUUAUUUACAACGUUUGACAAUGUACUGAAUGGUUAUAGAUAUAAUGUUAAUGUAACAGCAAGGAGUCAACAGUUUAAUGGAUACUAUUUAUGGAGUGAGGCAAAGGUUUCUCCAAUUAAAACAAAAGUGCAAGUUCCAGAGUCACCACGUAAUGCUGUUUGCAAAUCUUCUACAGACGCUGCUAUAACACUUGACUGGGAUGCACCUUCUUUACCUAAUGGUGAUUUAGUAAGAUAUCAUAUUGAUUAAAUUGAUACAAGUUUGCAAGUGCUGUUCCGUGAUAUAACUAGUGGAACUGAAACACAAAAAGUGGUUGGAAAUCUACAACCAGGAACAAACUACAUAUUUCGAUUAUACACAGAAAAUGAAGGAAAUAAUUCAACAAAUUAUGCCCAGGUAUCGUCAUCUUGCCAAAUAAGACCCAAACUGUCAGAUUUACCAACAAAGCUUGCAGUAACUGGAAUAACAAGUCGUGGUUUUGAUAUUUCUUGGGAAAAACCCGUGAAUACGUACAGUGACGAAAACUAUGGAUACGUUCUACAGAUAAAAGAUGAGACCGGUUCAUGCUGGAAAGAAGUUAUUUAUAGAUGCUCAGAUUGUAGAGGUAGUUUUAUACUUUCAAGUUUAGUUGAUUUGUGUGAUCCUGCAAAAAGAGAUCCUGUUGUUGGUAAAACGAAACAAGAAUUUGCUAGUAAGUUGACACAUACUGCUGUUC